CACGAGCGAAGGGGCAUUUCGAAAAAUCAUAUUCAAAUCAGUCUUCGGCGAGGGACGGAAGAACUACACAAUUUUAACAAAUGGAGGAAGACAGCAGUGAACAGAUGAAACCCCUCCUGACGACAGGUAAUGACGAGGAAGCAGUUGUUGAUCAGGGGAAAACCAGCUCUAACAUUCACACAAACUUUGAAAAAGAGGAACUUGAAUGUCACAGGGCAGUUUAUGUGGGUGUACACGUACCUUUAGGAAGACAAAGCAGACGGAGGCAUCGGCACCGUGGUCACAAGCAUCAUCGGAAAAGAAAGGAUAGAUCCGAACAAGAAGAUGGCAGAGAAUCACCAACGUAUGACACUCCCUCACAGAGGGUCCAGUUUAUCCUCGGCACUGAGGAUGAUGAUGAGGAGCACAUUCCUCAUGACCUCUUCACUGAGCUCGACGAGCUCGCUUUCCGUAAUGGACGUGCGUAUGAGUGGAAAGAGACAGCCAGGUGGUUGAAGUUUGAAGAGGAUGUAGAGGAUGGAGGAGAACGCUGGAGUAAACCCUACGUUGCCACAUUGUCCCUGCACAGCUUAUUUGAGUUACGGAGCUGCAUUCUCAAUGGAACAGUCAUGCUGGACAUGAGAGCAAACACCAUUGAGGAGAUAGCAGACAUGGUAUUAGACAGCAUGGUGGCUUCGGGGCAGCUUGAUGAGAGUUUGAGGGUGAAGGUGCGUGAGGCCAUGCUGAAGAGGCACCACCACCAGAAUGAGAAGAAGUUGAGUAAUCGCAUACCUCUCGUACGCUCCUUCGCCGACAUAGGCAAGAAACACUCAGACCCGCACUUGCUUGAGAAGAAUGGGGAGGGUCUCUCCGCCUCUCUUCUGUCUCUCCUUAGACGCACCUCCUCCAUCUCCAACCCCUCACCAACAAACUUGCGCUGUCCCUCCAGAGAAUCACACUGCUCCCGUUCCUUCUCCAUUCUCAACCACCUCCUCCCCAGCACCACCUCCACCCCUUCAGCUUCCCCCAACGUCUCCCCAACCGCCACUCCCCAAAACACGCCCCCUGCUGCCCGCCACUCUUCAUCGCCUCCCUGCUCCCCAGGACCCUCUCAGCAGGGGCCAGAGCUGCUUGUGGCAUGGUGUAGGAGAGAGGACAUUCCAGUGGUCAUGGUGUUCCCACCCGAGGAGGAGGAACUACAGUCGUGGUCGUCUGCCAAUCAGGAUGAUAAGGUGGUGCCCCACCCGGCCGGCCUGGCACAGCUCCUGUCCCUACCUCAGUCAGGCCUCCUCGCAUCACCCCAGUCAGCCCCAGGGAACUUGGAGAACAGUAAACCCAGUGAGAGCCGUAUGAACGUGGCCGGGGGCAGCAGGGAAAACAGCACUGUGGACUUCAGCAAGGUGGAUAUGAAUUUCAUGAAGAAAAUUCCUCCAGGCGCUGAAGCAUCAAAUGUUUUGGUGGGGGAAGUAGAUUUUCUUGAGUGUCCGAUCAUCGCCUUUAUUCGACUCUCACCUGCUGUUCUCCUCACUGGACUGACUGAAGUGCCUGUUCCUACCAGGUUUCUCUUCCUGCUGCUGGGGCCUUUCGGUAAAGGGGCACAAUACCACGAGAUUGGUCGAUCGAUAGCUACUUUAAUGACAGAUGAGAUCUUUCAUGAUGUGGCAUACAAAGCCAAAGACAGGAAUGACCUCCUCUCUGGCAUAGAUGAGUUUUUGGACCAGGUGACUGUGUUGCCCCCAGGAGAGUGGGACCCUACGAUACGAAUCGAGCCACCAAAGAGUGUCCCAUCUCAGGAGAAGAGGAAAAUGCCUUCCAUGCCAAAUGGCUCUUCACUAUUGUCAGAAACUAUCAAAGAAGAGGAGCACCAUACUGGGCCUGAACUUAAGAGGACAGGACGGAUAUUUGGGGGUCUGGUGCUAGACCUGAAGCGAAAAGCUCAGUUUUACUGGAGUGACGUGCGGGACGCUCUCAGCCUGCAGUGCUUGGCCUCCAUUCUGUUCCUCUACUGUGCCUGCAUGUCCCCCGUUAUCACCUUUGGAGGCCUUCUAGGGGAAGCCACCAAAAACAACAUAAGUGCCAUUGAGUCUCUGUUUGGAGCUUCCCUGACUGGUGUGGCCUUCUCUCUUUUUGCUGGGCAGCCACUCACUAUUUUAGGCAGCACUGGGCCAGUUCUAGUUUUCGAGAAGAUUCUUUUCAAAUUCUGCAGUGAAUAUGGUCUAUCCUACCUCUCUCUGCGCACUAGCAUCGGCCUUUGGACUGCCUUCUUGUGCCUUUUGCUGGUUGCCACGGAUGCCAGCUCUCUAGUGUGCUACAUAACACGAUUCACAGAGGAGGCCUUCGCUGCACUCAUCUGCAUAAUUUUCAUAUAUGAAGCCUUAGAGAAGCUCUUCUACCUAGGAGAGAUAUACCCUUUCAACAUGCACGAUGCUUUAGACAACCUCACUUUUUACAAGUGUCAGUGUUCACCUCCAGACAAUACCACGCAGGAGAUGGUACAGUCAUGGAAUCAGUCAGGGUUUACGUCUGACUCCAUUAACUGGACUGAGCUAGAUGUACCGAUGUGCAAGGCACUUCAUGGCGAGUUUGUGGGUCCUGCUUGUAGUCAUAAUGGACCGUACAUCCCUGAUGUGUUGUUCUGGUCUGUCAUUCUCUUUUUCACCACCUUCUUCCUGUCGUCUUUCCUCAAGCAGUUCAAGACCAAGCAUUAUUUUCCCACUAAGGUCCGCUCUACCAUCAGUGACUUUGCAAUUUUUCUGACCAUCAUGAUCAUGGUCUUGGUUGAUUACUUGGUGGGCGUCCCCUCUCCUAAACUACAUGUCCCAGACAGCUUUGAGCCCACCUCCAAGAAUCGGGGCUGGCUGAUCUCACCUCUGGGUGACAACCCCACAUGGACAUUACUAGCAGCAGCUAUUCCUGCCCUUUUGUGCACCAUCCUGAUCUUUAUGGAUCAACAGAUCACUGCCGUCAUCAUUAACCGCAAAGAACACAAACUCAAGAAAGGUUGCGGGUAUCACCUUGACCUUUUGGUGGUGUCAGUGAUGCUUGGUGUGUGUUCUGUGAUGGGACUGCCCUGGUUCGUUGCUGCCACCGUCCUAUCCAUCUCUCACGUCAACAGUUUGAAGGUGGAGUCAGAGUGCUCUGCCCCAGGAGAGCAGCCAAAAUUUCUGGGCAUCCGUGAGCAGAGGGUCACUGGUCUCAUGAUCUUUGUCCUUAUGGGUCUAUCUGUCUUUAUGACGUCUAUACUAAAGUUUAUACCAAUGCCCGUGUUGUAUGGAGUGUUCCUCUACAUGGGUGUGUCCUCUCUUAAAGGUAUACAAUUCUUUGACCGGAUUAAGCUGUUUUGCAUGCCUGCAAAGCACCAGCCUGACCUGAUCUACUUGAGAUAUGUUCCCCUGUGGAAGGUUCACAUUUUCACAAUAGUUCAACUCACCUGCCUGGUGCUGCUGUGGGUCAUCAAAGUGUCUGCUGCCGCUGUGGUCUUCCCUAUGAUGGUUCUUGCUCUGGUAUUUGUUCGGAAGCUUCUAGAUUUCUGUUUCACGAAUAGGGAACUCAGCUGGUUGGAUGACCUAAUGCCAGAAAGCAAGAAGAAAAAGGAGGAUGAUAAAAAGAAAAAGGAAAAAGAGGAAGCACAGCGCAUGAUGGAGGCAGAAGGCAUAGACGUCCCUUAUGAUGGUGAUAGCCACUUGGACAUCCCUGUGAAGACCCUAAAAGUCAGAUCGGACAGCAUAGCUUCUGGCACCUCAUACGAGGAAGACACGAAUGGAGUGGUUGGUCAUUUGUUUACUCGCAGACCUGCUUGUAUUCUGAAUUUCUGCAUUGACCCCUCUGUGGUUAACAUAUCUGAUGAGAUGGCCAAAACUGCUAUGUGGAAAGCUGUUGCCAUGCACUCGGAUAGUGCAAAAGUAUUGAAACCUAAUUCAAGUGAAGAGAAGAGAACUAGCAUUAAGAUCAAUGUGGAAGAUGAGCAGGGAGAGAGAUUUGGGGAUGCAGAGACGUCAUUAUGAGAGAUGUGAUUAGAGCACUCACUGUGGACCGAUAAGACCCUCCCCAGAGUCCACUAGUCUGUAUAAGUGUUGCUCUUUUCUGUGUGCCCUGCCAACCAAAUCAAGCCAAAGGUAAUCAUGCCAAUAGAGGGCUGAGAAAUGAGUUCCAGGUAUAUUUAUCAUUUUACUUUAAUAGCUCACCAAAAAAUAAAAGCCCUUUUUCAUUUUGUACCAUUUGUUUUUAAUAUGAAUAUUAUGUUUUCAGAAUAGGGUAUAUAACGAGGAACCCAAUCUCUUAGGUUUCAUAUUUUAUUUGAUUUUUAUUUAUUGUAUUAUUUUCAAUGUAGGCUGAAGGACAGAAAGUCUGAAACGAUUAGUGUUACACAUACGAUGCUGUUUUUGAUGGUACAAUGAUUUUCAAAUCGUCAUCUUAUUAGUUAGAUAGUGACACAUUUGUUUUUUCCAUUAUAUUAAAAUGCUACAUGUUGCAGAGUGCUGCUUUUAAAAUGAAUAUAUGUACAUAUGAGACAAUUUGAAAGAUGAUUGCUGAAUGACUGACUUUUCCUAACUGUAUUUGGAUACUUUGCAUUAAGGUUUAAUAUGUCCUUCUUGUGACAUCCAAAGUAAAUCCUUUGCCAUAUUAAAAAUGAAAUGUAUUUGUACUUUAAUAGCAGAAACUUUAUUCCCACUGAAGGUCUGACAGAUUACUUGAACAAUUAAAUAAGAGAUAUAGAAGUACUAUAUUAAAACAAAUAUAAAAAGACAUACUCUGGUGUGAGAAGAAUACAAGUCAGAUAGAAUGGAAAGAGAAUAAAAUGAAAUCCGUUAAAACAAUUAUUGCAGGCACUCUGAAAAUAAAAAGCAUCGAAAUAUUUGAGCAGUGUAAAUUAUUUAUGUGUUUACAUGGCAAAAAUGUUUUAGUGUUAUGAAAUAGAAUUGGUUUAUUGUUAGCCAUUUUGAUUUUUACAAUGUGUUAAUCAAUUAAUUUAUUAACGGUCAUUUAAUGGUCAAUUCACCGAGGCGAUAGGGCAGCUGGAUUGCUGCAGUGUUGUUGGCCUGUCGUCCCCCCCACCCCCUCUCUUUCCUGUUACUGGCGUUUAUGUGCACUUUAGGUAGGCUUGCCAUCGCGGCUGUAGGCCUGCAAACACCUUAUUUAAUAUAUCUACUUUAGAGCAGUCUCAGGAAUCUCCUUUUUUGCACUCUUUCCCCACACUAACUUUACAACUUUCCUACAUAUUUUUGGUUUCUCUUCUUCUUUUAUGAGCAAUUUGAAUGCUUGCUUUUCACUUUCCAUUGGACAGAGAAAACAGCAGUCCCGCCUCUUUUUAUGCCAUUUUGUCAAUGAUGAUUUUUGUUUUUUAAAGGCAACAGAUGUUGAAAAUGUUUUUGCAAUAUUUAUAAUAAUCUAACAAAGCAUUUUUUUCUAACUUUAUUUAUAAUUCUGAACUGGUUUAAGAGCGGAGAUGGUCCUCAGCCAGGUAAAGGUCAUUUAAAAUGUGUAGUGUUUACUUAGUUGAUUUUAGAUUGCAAAAUUGUAAGCAGACAAAUCGCCCCCAUACUCCUUAAAUUUCAGAAGUCAGAACUUCUGAAAUCCCACAAUUAAAAUACCUCUGACUAUUAUGUGUUGAAGCACUCUGACUUGCAAAUCAGUAGGUUUAUUCUCUACACUCUUGCAGCAAGUUGCUUGUUAUUGUUUGGAGGCUUUGUGAGUAGGGAAUAGUAUUGCGUAGAAAAUCGCUAUAAUGGCUAGAUAUAGCUCUAAUAUCGUCCCUCAAGCCCCAUAUUAGGGCUCUGAACAAGUAUUGCUGUAAUAGUGUUUUGAGCUCCUGUCUGCACAAUGUAAAUGUCUUGUAUCAAAAUUAACUCUUCAUCGUUUCAUCCCAAUUUAGACAUUUCAUGCAUUUCUCAAGUGAACUGGCCAAAUCAUGAUUUAAGAAAAUAUGUAGGAGAUACUGUAUGUUUUGAAUUUGUACAAUAUACACAGUCGUCUUUUCUAAUGUUGAUGAAAUUGUUUAUUAAAAAUAAAGGUAUUA